GUCAGAAAGACAAUGGAAAUGGCUCUGAGGACCUUCAAAGUCUUCCCAAGUUCAAAACGCUUUUCGUAAAAUAACUUCCUUUUCAAAAAGUGUUUGGUUGUUCUAAGAUCUUUGAAGACCCAGGAAAAAGCCGUGUUGACCAAAAGGAAGACAAAUGACUCACAGAGAGAAAAGAUGGGGGAGCCAAGGGCAAUUAAAGCUGCCUCAGGUUCUGAACAGAUGGUAACCGUGCUGGCCUCCUGAAGGACAUGAUUCAGACUGUCCCAGACCCGGCAGCUCAUAUCAAGGAAGCGUUAUCUGUCGUGAGCGAGGACCAGUCAUUGUUUGAGUGCGCAUACGGCACGCCACACCUGGCCAAGACGGACAUGACCGCGUCCUCCUCCAGCGACUAUGGACAGACAUCCAAGAUGAGCCCGCGUGUCCCUCAGCAGGACUGGCUGUCUCAACCCCCAGCCAGGGUCACCAUCAAGAUGGAAUGUAACCCUAACCAGGUGAAUGGCUCAAGGAACUCCCCCGAUGAAUGCAGCAUGGCCAAAGGAGGGAAGAUGGUGGGUAGCACGGACACUGUCGGGAUGAAUUACAGCGGCUACAUGGAGGAGAAGCAUAUGCCGCCCCCAAACAUGACCACGAACGAGCGCCGAGUUAUCGUCCCAGCAGAUCCUAUGCUAUGGAGUACAGACCAUGUCCGGCAGUGGCUGGAGUGGGCAGUGAAAGAAUAUGGCCUUCCGGACGUCGACAUCCUAUUGUUCCAGAAUAUUGACGGGAAGGAGCUGUGCAAGAUGACCAAAGACGACUUUCAGAGGCUCACCCCGAGCUACAACGCUGACAUCCUUCUGUCGCAUCUCCACUACCUCAGAGAGACACCUCUUCCACAUUUGACUUCAGAUGAUGUUGAUAAAGCCUUACAAAACUCUCCACGGUUAAUGCAUGCUAGAAACACAGGGGGUGCAGCUUUUAUUUUCCCAAAUACUUCAGUAUAUCCUGAAGCUACGCAAAGAAUUACAACUAGGCCAGAUUUACCUUACGAACCACCCAGGAGAUCAGCCUGGACCAGUCACGGCCACCCCACCCCCCAGUCGAAAGCUGCUCAGCCAUCUCCUUCCACAGUGCCCAAAACUGAAGACCAGCGUCCUCAGCUAGAUCCUUAUCAGAUUCUUGGACCCACGAGUAGCCGCCUUGCAAAUCCAGGGAGCGGGCAGAUCCAGCUGUGGCAGUUUCUCCUGGAGCUCCUGUCAGACAGCUCGAACUCCAACUGCAUCACCUGGGAAGGCACCAACGGGGAGUUCAAGAUGACAGAUCCAGAUGAGGUGGCCCGGCGCUGGGGAGAACGGAAAAGCAAACCCAACAUGAACUAUGAUAAACUCAGCCGGGCCCUCCGUUACUACUAUGAUAAAAACAUCAUGACCAAAGUCCACGGGAAGCGCUAUGCCUACAAGUUUGACUUCCACGGGAUCGCCCAGGCCCUGCAGCCCCACCCUCCAGAGUCCUCCCUGUACAAGUACCCCUCGGACCUCCCUUACAUGGGCUCCUAUCACACCCACCCACAGAAGAUGAACUUUGUGGCCCCCCACCCUCCAGCCCUCCCCGUGACAUCGUCCAGUUUUUUUGCUGCCCCAAACCCAUACUGGAAUUCACCAACAGGAGGGAUCUACCCUAACACUAGGCUCCCAGCCAGCCAUAUGCCUUCGCAUCUGGGCACUUACUACUAAAGACCCGAGAGAGGCCUUUCCCAGCAACAUGCAACCGCCAACCAAUUGCCACAAGCUCUAUCGGAGACCAUGAAUCAGAAGUGCCUCAAGAGGAAUGAAAAAGCUUGACUGGGGCUGAGGGGGAGGAAGCCGGGGAAGAGAUCCAGAGACUCUCAGUGGGAGGGAAUUACUAAAAUAUUACUACAGAGAUAAAGAGGAUGCUACAAGUGUAAUGUACGUGGACAGAUCAUCUGUGGACCAACCUUGUGAAAGGCAUUGUAAGUAGAAGCAUGAAGUCAUGAGGACAAAGUGCCAAAGAAAAUGUUCUGAAGAAGUAUGUAAACCUUAGAGGAGCCUUUGGGAUCCUGUUCAUGCAUUAAACUGGGAUUAAACUCAAGCAAUAGAGAUAACACAGUCUGGACCUAACAUGCCAUUUCUAAUGUCAUUUGAAGGAAAAAAAAAAAACUACCUGUAUUUAAAAAGAGAAACAUAUCAACACAGAAAAAAAAGAAAACAGACUGUGGCCCAUCGAUAGACAUUGAUAGGGAACUCAUCAGCACUUGCAGUUUUGGGCGAAAUCAGAUUCAUUCCAUUUGAUGGAGAGCGGUCAGCUCUCUCCAACUGUGAAGACAACCCAAAGCUUCCAACUCCUUUAUGAUAGGACAGGAGCUCUGAGCCGAAGGGAGGGACUGAGAAUGUGUCUGGAGGGUAAGCGUGUGGGUGUAGACAGAUGAGGCGGGAGAGGAAGAAGCAGACGAGGAGGCAAGGACUGGGAAAGAAACUUCUCGAGCAGUAAAGACUGGACUUAGGACGGUGUCGGUCCUGCAGAGAAUUGAGUCAUGGAGACUUGCGGUUCCAUACGGUCAGUGUUGUACCAAAUCCAGUGUUACGAGGAAGGACACAGCGUCACGGAGGCAGGGCAAGUAGUAGAAUUCAGAAACAAAGUCGUGCAUCUCUCUUUUUGUUUGUUUAUCAAAAGAAAAAUUGUAACUGGAAUUGUCUGAUAUUUAAAAGAAACAUUCAGGACCUCAUCCUUAGGUGAGGGCCCUGCUCUCCACAGGGUCAGGUAAGAGCUAGCCUUCUGGGCUACUGCGAUCCGAAAUCACCUAGGCAUCGGGGCGAGGCGGGCUCCAGGUUUCCUUUUGAGUCGCGAACGCUGUGCGUUUGUCAGAAUGAAGUAUACAAGUCAAUGGUUUUUUUUUUUUUUCCUUUUUAUAUAAUAAUUAUAUAACUUAUGCAUUUAUACACUACGAGUUGAUCUCGGCCAGCCAAAGAUACACGACAAAAGGGACAAUCAAUGAUCUAAUGUGGCCUUGAACUUUAACUCUGUAUGCUUAAUGUUUACAAUAUGAAGUUAUUAGUUCUUAGAAUGCAGAAUGUAUGUAAUAAAAUAAGCUUGGCCUAGCAUGGCAAAUCAGAUUUACACAGGAGUCUGCAAUUGCACUUUUUUAGUGACUAAAGUUGCCUUUUAGAAACUUGUGCUGCAAGGGGUGGGUUUUGUGUUAGAAUUCUCCUUUGUCCAGGAACUCGUGCAAGGGAGAGCCAAGCAAAUGCCAUGCUUGGCACGCAAACAGUGAUGACCUCUCCGGGGCCUUGUUGCCAGCUGGACCCGUCCGGAGCAGAAGGACUGAAGGUUUUCACCUGGGAGCCUCCAGAGUUAGACCCAGAGUGGAGAGAGGCCUCUAAGCUGGGGUUGUAAUUGAGAAAUUCCAGAUCCUCACCUAGUCACGAAUCACCCUUAAU